UGUGAUGUGACCCAUCCGAAUAUGCAUUCUUCGUUCUGAUUUAGGUCAUUUACAAUUAUGAGACUUUUCCCAUUACUUUUAGUUAUCCGACUUACGACCGAACUUUAAAGCAUCAAAUUUGUACUCCGAAUACAACAUAAACGAAAAUGGAUGGUGAUCAGGCAAAGGACAACACUUCCAAACCAACUGAAAAUCCUAACAAUAAAUCUGAAGAACCAUUAGGACUAAGUACAGAAAUUGCUAUUGAGACAUUGCAACGUGAUAUUAAAAGAGUCUUGCAAGAAUAUGAAGAAGACUACAGGAGAAAUAAAAAAUAUAAAGCUUGGCUAAAGGACACAUUACACCAUAGAAGUCAAUAUACAACCCUUUGUUGGACAUCGGCAGUUGCACUUUUGAUCAAUGCCAUUAUCCUUGUUAUUGGAUUCUUCACGAUCAACGAUACAUGGUACCCUACACUGCCUUAUGAAGGACUGACUGUCUGUUGUUUAGUAGUGUUAAACUUUAUUUUAGUCGUGUCGGAUAAUAAAUUACGUCAUGAAGAAAUACCGUACAGAGUACGAAUUCUUCUUGACCAGUUGGAAGUUGCAAAACACACUUCGCAAUGGUAUCCCGGAAAUUAUCCACACUUAUGCAGUCCACUGUCUCCUUGUUUAACUUUGCAGUGGACAUACCGCGAUGGUCACAUAGUUAAUUUGCCCUGGGCAUUAUUAGUUGCUGGAGAUAUAAUCGUUAUGAAACCUGGACAACAAGCGCCUGGUUAUUGCAUCCCCUACAAUGAUACCGAAGCCCCAGUGUUACACGCGAGAGAAGUGUACAGUCCACAGGUCCACAGCGCAAACGAGAUCUUUUCAACGCCACAGGCACGAAUGCCGUUGAGGAAUAAAGUUUACAAACUUCAGGAAACCCCGUAUCUGAUGAAUCUGAGAAUGGCACUCGACCAAGCUCUUGAUAGGCCGGUCACAUAUCACAAUCGUAAACGACAUCUUCUAAUGAUCUGUUGUAUUGAACAACUUGCUUACCCCGUUCUACUCAUCAUUGUGCUAGUUGUAAAUUUAUUUCGAUACUUGUAUUUGUCAGAAUACUUUGGUGUCGGUUAUUGGAAUGAAAUGUUCCUCCUACAGCCGAUCGCUAUUAGUAUACCUUUACUUCCGUUAGUAUUCCCGACUUGUUGGAUUUUUCUAAAUUGUUUCGGAAUGGCACGUUUCAAAGCUCUGUUCAAGCUUUAUCAAUCUUCGAAGAAACUCCAGUUCGUCGACCCUUUCGAGGAUGCAGAUUUUUCUGCACCCAGUCAUCCAGAAGUAGUGUACAAUUGGUUGGAAUUGAAAGAAUAUUUUUUCGAUAUUCUAUCUGGCAAAGAACACAUGAUGUCGAGAUCCGCAAGUAUUCUACACGUUUUAGGCUCAGUCACGGCGUUAUGCUGCGUGGAUAAAAAGGGAAUUCUUUCAUGGCCUAAUCCAACUGCGGAGAAAGUAUUUUUUUUACGAAAUGCCAAUACUUUAUCCCCGUCUUCGAGCACUGGUAGCUUAGAUAGAACUUCCGAAGCCAAAUGCCAAACUCAAACCGAGAACUCCAAACAAGAUUCGAAUAAAACGUCCUACGUGCAGAAUGAUCUGUCUCAUUCAACGGCUGAAGUUUUGGACCUCACCCAUGAUCACGCUUUACCCUUUCGUCUGCAAUUUGACGAUCAUUCGUGGAGGCAACACUUGAACUCGUUGAAACCCCUAGGUUUAGCAAUUCUCCUCAACACGUGCAACAUGGACACGCAAGAACAUUACAUGCAGUUCUGUUGCCAUGUCACGUGUGAAGCUUUGUAUAAUGAGAAUCUUGUACCAGUUACAAACAGACGCUACCAGGAUCACAGUAUAGAAGAUAAGAGUGGGUAUCAGGCAAAAGAUACAAUGCAAAGUUCAAGACAAGUGUAUUUAGUCGACGAGUCAGGGAGCCUUGGACACAUGUGGUGUUUGUGCGAAUUAGCGAAGCAAAUAGGUUUCCAAGACCAAGCACAAACAAUAUUCCAAUUGGAGCAACAAUUGUCUACGUUUAGGCAUGUUCAACCGGAAAUGGUACGACGAGACAUAAAGUUCGCGCGAUCUUUAAGCAUCGCGACAAAAUUAAAGUUUCCCUUCCCUCACAUGGUCGCCGUGGUAGUCAGAGAACGCAGCGGUGGUGGUUUGCAGUUGCUUACACAGGGUACAGCAGACAUAAUUUUAGAUUCCUGUAUUGAGUUUUGGGACGGUCACGAUCUCUGUCCACUUUCAGCGUCAGAUAGGAAAAAAGUGCAAGAUUUUUAUCAGAGGACAAGCUUAACGUCAUAUUGUACCGCAUUUGCGUACAGACCGCUGACACGCGGUAUUAGCGAUAAAAUGACGAAAAUAUAUUUAGAACUUCCUGCGGAUAGCAAACAUUUAUACGCACCUCACAGAAGUCCAACUCCGUUGCCUUGGGAUUUCCGAAAUGUUCUCGAUCCCAGAGUAAAAGGCAUACUUGGCCAAUUUCAUUCGACAGAUUCCCUAUUAUGCAACGAAAACAAAGACGACAACGUGAGCGACGUUGAUAGUUGCUUCGAAAUUCAGUGCAAUCAAGUGUUCAUUGGCAUGGUGACUAUGCAAUACCAAGCACAAACAGAUAUGGUACAAUUAAUCGAGCAACUCGACAGAGCCUGCAUUCGUUUCGUUCACUUCAGCAAAGAGAACGAGCUAAGAUCGCGCGUGUUCUCGGAGAAAAUGGGACUUGAAAGUGGAUGGAAUUGUCACAUAUCGUUGCUCAGUGAGAGAGCUAGGAGACAGCAAUGGCUGGAGAGAUAUCCACACAUGCCCCCAUCGUAUAUGUCCGAGAGUCCAGUGGGUUGGUGGGUGAGCCAGGCAGCAGCCAUGUCCUCACCCACUCCCUCGGCCCAAUCUCAUCAGCAUAAUUACUCCUGCAUGGAUGAGGCCAGCCACUUGCUUAAUCGUGUCUCUCCUCGCACGAAUCUGGACAACAGCCGUGCCAUGAGUAUGUCAGCACCAAGUGCCAUAAACACCGAUUUCUCCACGGUGAAAUUCGACGAGGAGACUACGGAAUGGAACGAUACAGGAACGUCUCAAGUAAAGAGCGCUAUGAGCCAUAGGGAACAGGACACGGUGAGAAGCGAGGAUAGUGUUCUAGUACAGAGCGUGGAUUUAGGUUCGGGACAAGAAGCAUGGCGAUCUCUAAGUUGCCUUACAGACAGCACCGAACAAAGUGCUCCUGUAAAUUUUGAUUUAUCGAACAGGGCAAAACUACCUCGAGGUAUUGAUAAGAUUCGACCGCACAUAGAGUUAAUAGAUAACGUACCCCUUUUGGUGUCCCUAUUCACCGACUGCAACACUGUUGUUACAAGGGAGAUGUUGCAUAUUAUGCAAGAUUACGGAGAAGUUGUUUGUGUACUUGGCUCCUCUGCUAACGCAGAGAACAUGCCUAUCUUUAUGCAAGCUGAUGCAGGGGUGGCAGUGGAACCGUUGUAUCCACAAGUUUGUCAAAGAAUUCCUGUACUGACGCCGACUACAGAAGACCAAGGCCCAUCUCCGGUUGAUUUGAGCAGGGCAUUGAAUUCAGUUGCUUGCUCUUUAAGUGUGAAACGGGAAGAUCCGAUCGCGAUUUUCCAUUUAAUUAUGGAGGCUCGGCAUUACAUGACAUGCCUCUGGAAUUGCGUGCAAUUCUGGCUCUGCUGUACAAUAACCCUAUCCUUCACUCAAGCUGUGUCUGGUUUCUUCCUAUUACCACCUCUGUUUUCGGUCGAUCAAGUCUUAUGGUUGUGUUGUUUAAUCAUUCCAAUGUUAUCUAUAUCCAUGAUUGCUACACCCAUGGAUCCUACCAUAAUGCAACGCGCGACCGGUAAAAAUCAGUGUACAAUAAACGGGCAGGUUGCGUUGUUCGUUCUAUGGUGUUACGGCAGCAAAUUUCUGCCGACAAUAAUCACGAUAGUUUUAUCGCAGUGUCUCUCAUUUUUAACUCUGUGCCCUACUUACACAACAGACUCUAAGUGCCUGUAUGUGUAUCCCGAUGCACAUGGGGAAGUUUCAUGGGGUGGUUGGGGCAAUAAACCGAACGUCAUUUUAGUGAUACAACAUUUCGCCUUAUCGUUGUUAGUCUUACACUUAGUAACAAUAUCCGUAGGCUUUGUACAUAGAGAGUAUUCCAUUUGGAAGAAACAGCCUUUUAAUAAUUACGUAUGGUUUUUAAGUGCAUUUAUAGCAUUAUGCGCACAAGCAGCAUUCUCAGGAACUGUAUUUUGCAAAUUUUGGAAAGAGGAGGGGCAAAGCAUCGAAGACUUCCCCUUACACCUUCCUUUAUUUUUCUUAGUUUCGUUGCCGUUGAUUUUCACAAUUAACGAACUGAUCAAGUGGCAAGAGAUUAAAGUAAACGUAAGGUAUCAAAAGAGGGCACGGUUAGAAUUUGGUACAAAACUUGGGAUGAAUUCGCCGUUUUAAAGAAUUUUUGAUCCUACAUACGAUAAAAGAACAAAGAAACAAUACAAAAGG